CUUUGCUGUGAUUUCCUCAAAGAACAAGAGAGGUAACUCUACAUUUCGGAGUGACACCUGCACGGACAAUAGCAGCCUUUGUCAGGGUGACAUUCCAAUCAUGACACGACACUCAAGAAGCGUGAUUCUACAGAUUCUGAACUAUUUACAGUGAUAAUGGACCCUCGUCGCUCUGCCCAAGAUGUCGUCCGAUGUGACCUUUGUGAGACAGCUAUAGUACAGAUGUACUGUGAUGUCUGCCACAUUAAACUGUGCGUUCCAUGUAUAGGAAAACACGUUGCUAAUGAUUAUGACAAUCAUCAAGUGGUUUCAAUUCAAAAACGAAAAUCAACCUUGAUUUAUCCAAAAUGUAAUACACAUCAAACUGAAAAAUGUAAAUUUCAUUGCAAGGAAUGUGAUAUGCUUGUCUGUUCAUUGUGUGGUGCAGGGGGACAUAAGGGUCAUGCAUUUUUAAUUCUUUACGAACUCUGCGAAAAACGAAAAGUAGACAUUGCAAAAGAUUCAGAAGAGAUAGAAAACAUUAUUUCUCCCACAUAUGAAAAUAUUGUCACCGACUUAGAAACGGAAAUAGUCAGUUUGGAUAAUGGAUAUGCGAAAUUCACAACAGUAGUUACAAAACAUGGAGAAGAAUGGCACAAAGAAAUUGACAAUGUUAUCGUCAAAAUGAAAGCUGAAAUAGAAGAGAUGAAAAUCAAACACCUGCAAAUUCUGAAGAAACAUUUGGAUGAAAUUAAGCAGAUACAAUCCCUUAUUGAACAUUCACUAAUUACUCUGAAUAAAUUGGAAGAAUCCAAUGAAGUGUCUGGGAUCAUGGAAUACAGAUCCAAAAACAAAGAUUUCAGAAAACUUCCCCCGAAAGUUCGAGUCACACUGCCUUCAUUUAGUCCAAACAUGAUAUACAGUGAACAGCUUUACAAAUCGUUUGGGUCUUUGAUACCAUUAUCACUUACAACUGUCAAAAAUGGCUAUACAUUGAAGAAAUUAGAAACACCACCCAAAAAACCAAUGGAAAACCCAGAGAUUGUCACUACAACAAAUACUGGGUAUGAAAACCUUCGAAGUGUUUCCUGUCUCAGUGAGGAAGAAUUCUGGACAAGUGCAUUAGUUAGCGACAUGAAAUGUUUCAAUGUUGACGGUACAGUUAUUGAUUCAAUCAAAACAAAUUCUGGGGAAAGGCCAGCUGAUAUAGCAGUGACGAGUGAUGGAGAACUAAUGUACUCUGAUAAGGCAACAGAGACUGUGAAUAAAGUGAAAAAUGGACAGACAGAGGAAGUAACCAGACUACAUGGCUGGGUUCUUAUCCAAUUCUGCGUCACCGCUUCUGAUGAUCUCCUGGUUACCAUGCACAGUGACGAUCAAACACAAUCAAAAGUUGUCCGUUACUCAGAUUCUAUAAAGAAGAAAACAAUCCAAUAUGACGAUGACGGUGAACCUCUAUAUUCAGGAAAUAAUAAAAUUAAAUACAUAAUUGAAAACAGGAAUCUUGAUAUCUGUGUGGCUGACUGGGAAGCUGGUGCAGUAGUGGUGGUCACCCAGGCUGGAAAACUCCGAUUCAGAUACACUGGUCAUUCUUCUACUUCCAAAAACAAAGCAUUUAGACCCCGUGGAAUAACAACAGACAGUCAGAGUCAUAUCCUGGCAGUAGACGGUGAUAAUCACUGUAUCCACAUCCUGGACCAUGAUGGACAGUUCCUCGCCUAUAUAGAUAACUGUGAUCUGAAGGACCCAUUUGGAUUAUGUGUGGAUAAAAGUGACAACUUAAUAGUCGUUAUGGACCCUCGCCACAGUGCCCAAGAUGUCUUCCGAUGUGGCCUUUGUGAGACAGCUAUAGUACAGAUGUACUGUGAUUUCUGCCACGUCAAACUGUGCGUUGCCUGCAUAGGAAAACACGUUGUUGAUGACUAUGAAAAACACAAAGUGGUCCCAUUCCAAAAACGAAAAUCAACCUUGAUCUAUCCCAAGUGCAAUGCACAUCGAAACAAAUUUUGUAAAUAUCAUUGCAAGGAAUGUAAAAUGUUUGUCUGUUCGUCGUGUGCUAUAUUUGCAGAUAAACAUAAGGGUCAUACAUUUUCAAAUCUCUCUGAAAUCCACAACAAAAGAAAAGCAGACAUUACAAAAGAUUCGGAGGAGAUAGAAAAUAUUAUUUCUCCAGCAUAUGAAGAUAUUGUCACCGAUUUAGAAACACAAAUAUCCAACUUGGAUGGAGAAUAUGUGAAAUUCACAACAGAAGUUACAAAACAUGGAGAGGAAUGGCACAAAGAAAUUGACAAUGUCAUUAACAAAAUGAAAACUGAAAUAGAAGAGAUGAAAAUCAAACACUUGCAAAUUCUGAAGGAACAUUUGGAUGAAAUUAAGCAGAUACAGUCCCUUAUUGAGGAAUCGCUGAUUACUUUGAAUGAAAUGGAGGAAUCCAAUGAAGUGUCUGUGACCAUAAAAUACAGAUCCAAAAACAACGAGCUCAGAAAACUUCCUCCCAGAGUCCGAGUCUCUCUGCCUAUAUUUAGUCCAAGCGCGAUGCACAGUGAACAGGUUUACAAGUCACUGGGAUCUUUGAUACCAUUAUCAUUUACGACCGAUGAAAAUGGCUACACACUGAAUAAAGAAUUGAUGGAUAAACCAAAGGUUGUAUCUGCAAUCAAUACUGGGUAUAAACGACUCCGCAAUGUUACCUAUUUGAGUGAAGAAGAAUUCUGGACAAGUGCAUUAGUCAGUGAUAUGAAAUGCUUUAAUGUUCAAGGUUCAGUCAUUAAUACUAUCAAGACAAAAUCGGGUGAUUGGCCACGUGAUAUAGCAGUGACAAAUGAUGGGGAUCUAGUGUACUCUGAUAGGACAACCAAUACCGUGAAUAAGGUUAAGAGUAGGAAGACAGUGGAGAUGAUCAGAUUACAGGGCUGGAAACCUUUCAAUCUCUGUGUCACCUCCAGUGGUGAUCUCCUGGUUACCAUGCACAGUGAUGAUGAAAAACAUUCCAAAGUUGUCUGUUACUCAGAUUCCACAGAGAAACAAACAAUCCAGUAUGAUGAUGAGGAUAAGCCUCUAUAUUCAGGAAAUAAUUAUAUUAAAUACAUCAGCGAGAACAGAAACCUGGAUAUCUGUGUUGCUGACUGUGGAGCUGGUGUUGUAGUAGUGGUCAAUCGGGCGGGAAAACUCCGAUUUAGAUACACUGGUCAAUCUUCUACCAAAAACAAACCAUUUGAACCCUGGGGAAUUGCAACUGACAGGCAGAGUCAGAUUUUGACAACAGACAGUGAUAACCACUGUAUCCACAUCCUGGACCGUAAUGGAAACUUUCUCCGCUAUAUAGAUAACUGUGAUCUGAAGGACCCAUGCGGUUUAUAUUUGGACAAAAGUGACAACUUGUUUGUUGCUGACAGCGGUAGUGGAACUGUGAAAAAAAUCAAAUAUCUACAGUAAUUGUUUUUGUUUAAAGUGAACUUAAGUUAAAGACUCAAUGUUCAAAACUAUUUCAUCUGCUCUCUAGAAAUUACAUCAGUGACAUUAAUUAUAUAAUGAAUAAACGUAACUAAUAACAAACUUUGCUGAUAACAGACGUUAUUGAUAUACAUGCACAUGUAUUAUUAUCAUAUCAGUAAUAUCACCCACCCGCAUAUUGGAGCUACCCUGUCCUGUCCAUCCAUUGGUAACCAUUUUAGCUAACCCGAGCUAAAAGACUAAGUGAGCUAUUCUGAUAACAUUUUUAUAUUUUGUUUUAUUUUUAUGUACAUGUAUUAAUACAUUAAUGGUAAAGUGGAGAUAACAGUCA